AUGGUCAGUACUCGAUCAUUUGUGACGUUUAGUACGGUUUGUUUUUAUUUAACAUGUUUAUCAGUGGCAGGUUCUCAUGCAGAUGUCCAUUCGACGUCUACCCGACGAACGUGGGAUCAAGCCAUUGCCAUGGCUAAAUCGUUUGUUCGACACUUAAAUUUAACAGAAAAAUGUGCGAUGACAGCCGGCAUUAAAGGUCGGUGCGCCGGCAAUGUCUUGCCUAUACCACGUCUGAAUUUCACCGGUCUGUGCUUUCAAGAUUCGCCAUCUGGCGUUGGCGAUGGAAUUCUCUAUGCAACAGCAUUUGUGCCCGGUAUACAGAUCGCAGCUACCUGGGAUCGAGAUUUAUUUUACAAGCGUGCCGUGGCCAUUGGUAGAGAAUUUCAAGGAAAAGGUAUCAAUUUUGCGUUGGGUCCCAUGAUGAAUAUCGAUCGUAAUGCGCGACAUGGUCGAAAUUGGGAAGGAUUCGGUGCUGAUCCCUAUCUAUCAGGAGAAAAUGCUUUUCUGUACGUACAAGGUCUUCAAGAUCAAGGAGUAGUUGCAACCGCCAAACAUUACAUUUGUAAUGAGCAAGAAACAAAUCGUAUUUAUGCUACACAAAAUUUGACUUAUAUACGUAGUUAUUCAGCUAAUCUCGAUGAUAAAACUAUGCAUGAGAUUUACCUUUGGCCAUUUGCGGCCAGCGUCGCAGCUGGUGUGGGCUCUGUCAUGUGUUCAUACAACGAAGUCAACAACACACCCGCUUGUCAAAAUGAUAAAACACUGAAUCAACUCCUCAAAGGAGAACUCGGAUAUUUAGGAAACGUCAUGUCGGACUGGGGCGCAACAAAAACAGGUGCUCAAUCAGCGUUAGGAGGUCUAGAUAUCGAUAUGCCCGGCUCUGAUGGAUUGAUGGGCAUGUCCCUUGUUGAAGAAGUUCGUAAAGGAAAAAUAUCAGAAUCGCGGAUCGAUGAUAUGAUUAUUCGACUGCUGUCACCUUACUAUCUCCUUGGGCAGGAUCAAGGAUAUCCAACAGUCGAUUUAGAUCGAGACGUGCUUGAAAAUCACUAUCAGAUUAAUCGCGAGAUCAGUACAGCCGGUAUUAUUUUACUUAAAAAUACGAAUUAUGUUUUGCCGUUCAAUGUUACUACGGACAAGCACUUUUUUGUUUACGGUGAAGCGGCGACUCAAUCCAGACAUGGAUUUGUUGGUGCAGGUGAAUUGCAACAUGGUGGUGCAACUUACCAAGGUGGAGGCUCUGGUUAUGUUGAACCAACAUAUGCUAUCGAUCCUCUUACUUCUUUGUUAUUGAAAAGUCGGGAUGCACAUCUUCAAAUUCGCUAUAUUACUGACCAAUCUGAUUAUCUUCUGAUCGAAAGCUCGUUCCGAUACCAUGGUUUUCAUCAAGCAAAAUGUCUUGUUUUUAUAAGUGCUUUCUCUUCCGAAGGGUUCGACAGAUUAGAUCUUCUCCCUGCAAACGAUGGCAAUCUACUUGUGAGAACAGUUGCGUCUCAUUGCGCAAACACAAUCGUCGUCGUCAACAGUGUAUCACAAUUGGAUCUUGAAGCAUGGAUUGAUCAUCCUAACGUGACAGGUGUGAUCUGGUCAGGCAUGCCUGCGUCCGAAUACGGACCGGCUAUAGUCGAUGUUCUGUUCGGUGAUUACAAUCCAGGCGACAAACUAGUAUUUACAAUAGCGAAGAAAGCCUCAGACUAUGGUACAGAUAUCACGCUAUCAUUUGAAUCCAACUACGUUGAAGGUGUCUUCUUGGAUUAUCGUCAUUUCGAUAAAAACAAUAUUACACCACGAUAUUAUUUUGGCUAUGGUCUUUCUUAUACGACGUUCUCGUUUUCACAGCUUGUUAUCUCGAAAACGACGGUAGAUCGACAACGACGAAUACGAUCUUACGCAAAUCAGGGCACAUCGACGCUCUUUGAACCUGUCUAUCAGAUAACAUUUACUAUCACUAAUGCAGGCAAAGUCUACGGUUCUGAAGUACCUCAGCUUUACCUCGGAUUUCCUACUGAAGCAGCAGAACCACCCAAAGUACUGCGAGGCUUCCAAAGAGUAUAUUUAUCAGCAGGUGAAUCGAAAACUGUAACGUUGGUGCUAUCACAAAAAGACAUAUCGUAUUGGAAUGUUGUUAAUCAAAAAUGGUCAAUCGCUUCGGGCAAUUAUUCAGUUUGGAUUUCAACAUCUGCCAAUAGUGCUGACAUCAAACUCACAGGUUUCUUUAAGAUAUAA